AUGGUUCUGAUCCGAAUCCAAGUGGAUGAUGUUAUCCGGUUACUUGAUACAAAUGACGGUGUCUACGCCGCCGCUUGCUCGCUGGACUUUUCCAAACCGCCGCUCUAUUAUGACACAUUUGCCUUGCGCGAUUCGAACGGCGACGAGCAUGUAAUGCAGAAGUGGCCAUACUUCCGGUCUGCAGCAUCACGCAAUGCACUGCUUGCCCUGUCUCCUGUGCCUGUCAAGAGUUGCUGGAACGGAAUGGUUGCUAUGCCUAUAGAGCCUUUUGUUUCCACUCCUCCGCUACGGUUUCGCGCUAUCUCCGAUUCUCUGGCGCUUUCACAUCUCGAGGGUUCUGAAUGCUGCUUGAUUCAUGCGGAUAACCCUCUCUCCAAGCAAGACGGGGUUUACUUGAACCCUAACGUUCGUGUCGGCUAUAACGCUGCCGCCUAUGAAGCUGUUCACCCUACAGGGGCCUGGUUAUCGCUGCAACAUGUGACAUUAGCUCUUUGGGAGAACCGACUCCGACGCUGGUUUACAACACCAUUCUUCAAAAAGCUGGUUGUCCGCAAGAGGAUUGCUGGAUGGCAUGAUGACCAUCUUGAUGAGCAAGAACCUGGUGACUUCUGUUUGAUCAAUGAGAUGCAGGUGCUUGUCUCUAAUGGUUGGGCACACGUCUGA